AGUGCGAGCCGAAGGUUAGGCAUAUGACUAUGAAGAAGAAAUCCCAUGUUCCCAUCCCUUCAAUCUCAAGAAAAUUCUAGUUCAUCAUUUCAACAUGGAGGAAGAAAGACAGAAUUUUUCGGCCAAAGCGGGACCCUUUCCUUGGCUGUUAAUCACCCAAUACAAGCAGGAGCAUAACUUCUCAAUCGGAGCUCAUGGGGACAUUAUCAAGACCAUACCUGAAUUGCGGGACAAGAGAAUCUUUGAUUACAAUGAUGGGUGGUUAACUGUACAUGAUGACAAUGGAUACUCCAUCUUCAAUCCCGCGACCUCAGAAUCCAUUCAGUUCCCUCCGCUCAGUUUUAGGCCUGAUCAAUUCGUCAGCUUCUCUAAUCUUUCAGGUCCCCCUGGUAAUCCUGAUAGCAUGCUUAUUCUAUUUGAGAAGAAUGCUAGUUCUUUCAUAUUUUGUAGAAUUGGGGAUAGGCAAUGGACAGAGCAGCCUGCUAGUGGAGAUUUAGAUUAUAAAGAUAAUGAUGGGGAUUAUCUUAUUAGUCCUGUUUGGUGCAGAGGAAAAUUAUUUAGCCGGACUAGAUUUAGUUUGAAAAUUGUAGAGAUUGAGCGGCUAGUGCAUGAUCAAUUUGUGAUAAGGUUGUUGCCUUUGAGGAUACCUAAAUUUUUGAAAUUUUACAGAAGGUAUUCUGAUUUAAAAAUGAUGGAAUCCGAUGGAGAAGUCUUUAUUGUUAAUGUGGCACUGAGAGAGGGGGAAUGGCGGGAUGGGAGUUAUAAUUUGGAACCUACUGCUGUGGAGGUUCGCAGGCUGGAUUUCUCAAGAAUGGAAUGGGAAAGGGUAGAUAGGGUCAAGGAUAGAGCAUUCUUCCUUGCUAAUAGAUGUCAUUUUUCUUGCCCUGCUGCCGAGCCACUAGUUGAAGAGAGUCAUUUAUAUUUUUUCCCCCCAACAUCUAAAAGCUUCUACUCAUUCAACUUGGAAGAUCAGACUAUUCAUGUUUCUUUUCCCUUCUCAAAUUUACCAACUUCAAAGUGUUUCCCUACCUGGGUGAUGCCACGUUUCAGUGGGGAAACAGAGAAUGACUUAGUUGAAGGAAGAAAGGAGACUGGAGAGAUUUCAAAACAUGUAGCAAUUAAGGAAGAAAAAGAGACAGGAAUAGAAGUUGAAGGAAGAUUUUGUGAGCUUCCUCCAGAUAUACUCUUUGGCAUUUCAAGGCAUCUUGUACUACAUGAUUACACAAGCUUCCGUGGUGUUAACAGAAUGUCCAGAUUGGCAGUGCCUCCAAUCCAAUGGACAAGCAUAGCUUGGGAUAGGUUUGAGUUCAAUGAUCCUCUACCUCCUUGGCUUGUGUUUCCCCAAAAUAAUAUCUGCAAUUUCAUAGAUCCAUUGCGCGGCCAAAGAUACCCUAUGAAGAUCGCUGAUUUUUCUCUGGAAGAAUUCAGAAUAUGCUACUCGAAAGAUGGUUGGUGUGUGAUACUGAGAGAAAAUUCCAUGUUCCUUUGGAAUUCGUUUUCAAAGAAAAUUAUUUGGCUUCCAGAUAUGCUCCACAACUGCGACUCUGUUGUUAACUGCUGUUUCUCAACUUCACCUGAGUCUUCCGAUUGUAUUCUUGUCUUGGGUUGUACUGAGAAUGGAAUAGAGUUUGACAUCGACUACAUCUUUUUAGAAGACAGAGAAUGGCUUAACUUUCUUGCAUUCAACACUGGUGAUGGAUUCUGUCUGACAGAUAGCAAUACUCCUGUAUUCCAUGAUGGGACUUUCUUCUUUCUUGGAAAAGAGGGAAAUUUAGGAGUCUUUGAGUACUUUGAAGUUGUUGAUGUUCUUCAAAAUCCUCAAUGCCCCUGCAACUCUUUUUGUGAAAGCUACUUGUUAGAGUCUAAGGGAAAACUUCUAUCAGUAUUUGUUGGAUCCUUCGGGGAAUGGGUUCGAAUUUUCAGCCUGGAUAUCUCUGAAAUGGUUUGGAUUGAACUUCAAGAUAUAGGAAACCAAACACUGUAUGUCAGCCGCUUUUCAUCUUUCUCCAUGACUGCAACAACUCCAGACAUGAGGAACAAGGUUUACUUCCCUAGAUUUUCUGGCAACAAUCCUGUUUAUUAUUCUCUUGACUCGAAAAGGUUCCAUUCUCAUGGUACAGAAGAUGUUCUUAGAGGCAUUUACAACACCAAUGAACUAUUACUUGGUGCUUGGGUUGAGCUUAAAUGGUAUUAGCUGGAUUGCUUGUGAUCCAUUUUAUUGCAAUAAUGGAUACUGGUUUAUCCAAUUUGCUAGCAUGUAGAUGAUAUUGAUAUGAUAAUAAUAAUUUUGAAUUUUU